AAUUCUUUUUAAUUUCAUCACGUCACAAUCAACAAUUAUGAAGCUCUUUGUAGUGUGGACGCUCGUCUUGGUUCUGGGGACUCUGGGUGCUAGCAGCAUGUCGCUGACUGACGGAGCGGACUCCAAGGGGCUCCUAAAGGACGGGACGGCCUCCACUACCCUGGCGAAGGCCGAUGUGGACCCUUGCCGAAAAUUUGACGAGGGGGUACUCACAGAUUUACCCAAGGUGUCUGAUCUAAAGAGCAUGAAGACAAGUUUAGAAAGUGGCACUAAUGACACUAUUAAGACCAUGGAAAGGAGAGUCAUUAAUAAUACUGAUGAAGCGGGGCACUUAACAGGAAACAAGACAGUCGUUGAAAAGACGACAGAGACUGACGUACAGCCCAACCGAAAUGUAUCAAAGACUACGGAUACACAGGUCGUUAUUGAUAAGGAAGGUAAAGAAAGUGGUGAAAAAUCUGUCACAGAGAGAGAAACGCUGACGCAAACCACUCCAGAUAACGGGAUCUUAGCACAGACGGUGGAGGUAAAAAAGGUCACGGAUGAAGAGGGCAAUGAAAGAAAGGAAGUUGUUAUAAAAAAGGAAGCAACAUUACAGCCUCUUACCAAUGCCACUGUAGAAAAGCCGAAGGACGAUAAAGCCGCAACUCUUUUACCGAAGGUAGGGGCGGAUGACCAAGGUAAAAACAAAACAGAAACUAUAUUUAGUGCCUCAGGAAAGAGCGACGGACCUCAGAAAGUGGAACGAACAGAGGAAAGAAAGGAGAUUCUGCCCAGCAAUAUAACGAAUGAAGUUGUACUGAAAGAGAAAGAAGAAAUAUUGCCAUCACUGAAUAGCACUAAAGUGACAUCUGUGGAGACGAAAAAUAUUACAGAGAAGGGUGAUGAACUUCUGAAGGCAGAACGAACAGAGGAAAGAAAGGAGACUCUGUCCGACAACAAAACGCAUGUAGUUUUAGUAAAAGAGAAAGAAGAAAAAAUACUUUCACAGGAUAGCACUAAUGUGACAUCCUUGGAAAGUAAGAAUGUUACAUAUGAGGGCGAUGGAAAAGAUGUCGAGAAAGAAACUGUAAUUCAAAAAGAAGUCGAAAAGAAUGUGUGUAAUGGCGACAUCAAAGAGGUUCAAGACGAAAGACAUCUUAAUGAAACAAUUGAAGACUUGAAGCACCAAGUUAGCGACGUGAAAAACAUGAUUAAGGAAGAAGAGGCAAAGGCUAAAGAAACAAGUGCUACGCCUAGCCAAUGCACAGAACAAAAAGCAAUUGCCGCCCCUACCAUCCACGAAGGGAAGGUCAUUACAGAGGUAGUCCCUGCUGUGAGGCCGGUGAAGGUCGUUAGAAAGGUAGUCCCUGCUGUGAGGCCGGUGAAGGUCGUUAGAAAGGUAGUUCCUGCUGUGAGGCCGGUGAAGGUCGUUAGAAAGGUAGUUCCUGCAGUGAGGCCGGUGAAGGUCGUUAGAAAGGUAGUCCCUGCUGUGAGGCCAGUGAAGGUCGUUAGAAAGGUAGUUCCUGCUGUGAGGCCAGUGAAGGUCGUUAGAAAGGUAGUCCCUGCAGUGAGGCCGGUGAAGGUCGUUAGAAAGGUAAUCCCUGCUGUGAGGCCGGUGAAGGUCGUUAGAAAGGUAGUCCCUGCUGUAAGGCCGGUGAAGAUCGUUAGAAGGGUAGUCCCUACUGUGAGGCCUGUGAAGGUCGUUAGAAAGGUAGUCCCUGCUGUGAGGCAAGUGAAGGUCGUCAGAAAGGGUGUGCCCUCGGUGAGACAAGGAAAAGUCUUCGUUGUGAAUCGAGUUGUUAAACACGUCACCCCUUCGGUGGUAACAAAAAGAUUCCCCGUUGUGACACAGAAGAAGGUUCUUGCAAAGGUUCUCCCUACGGUGACAGAAGGAAACACCCCCGUUGUUACAGAAAAGAAAGUUACUGAGAAGGUUGCACCCUCUGUCAAGGAAAAUGUAGUUACCAUUCCAAAGAGGGAGGAAAAGUAGUUGAAACAAUUGCUCCUGUUGUAAAGAAAGCAAUUACAACAGAGUAGUGAUACCGUGUUGCUGUUUCUAUUAUCAAUUUCGUUACAUUAU